UAAAGUUUGUUUAUUCCGCUGAGAAACAAAAUCUCGAUAAGAAUCUUUAACAUUUUAAAAUAGCUUUUUCUUGUUGUUGAUGACUUAGAUGUUGUCAAGAAUGCCUGGUGAAUGUUUACAAGUUACAAGUUAUUACUUAUUAGUCGAAUCGGCCUGAACGACUCGCUCGACGUACUGGAUGUGACCACUGGAAAGAGGAGCGGUGGGGCCAUGGCUGUCGGAGCUACGGUGGGGGAGAGCCAGCUCCAGAGGAUUAUCCGAGAUCUACAUGAGGCUGUUGGGGAACUUGCUAAAGAAUACAAGGAAAAUGGGGAGCCAAUCACAGAUGACAGCACCAGCCUACACAAAUUCUCCUACAAACUGGAGUACCUGCUACAGUUUGACCAGAAGGAGAAGACAACAUUUCUUGGUACAAAGAAGGAUUACUGGGAUUACUUCACUGACUGCUUGGCUAAAAUUAAAGGCGCGAACGAUGGCAUUCGCUUUGUCAAAUCCAUUUCAGAGCUGAAGACGUCGCUGGGGAAGGGCCGGGCAUUCAUUCGUUACUCCCUCGUACACCAGCGAUUGGCUGACACCCUCCAGCAGUGCCUCAUCAACCAGAGAGUCACCAGUGACUGGUACUACGCAAGAAGCCCAUUCUUGAAGCCUCACCUCAGUGUCGAUAUCAUCAGUCACUUGUACGAACUCAAUGAGAUUCACUUUGAUGUCGCUUCCAGAGGAUAUGACCUUGAUGCCUCCUGGCCCACUUUUGCAAGGAGAACACUGGGAGGUGCAAGCUCACCUGGACACACAUGGAAACCACCCAGUCGCAGUUCCAGUAUUAACAGUUUGGCCAGCAGUUACUCCCAGCACGCAUCUGAGUUCCUCGCCAGCCCCGACUAUGGUCACGGUCUUCUGAAUGACCUGAACGACUCCCUGCCUCCCUGCAACGAAGACGCCAGCACCGUCGAAGACCUCCGUCUGGAGUUGGACCGCUCCGAUCUGAAGCAGCAGGAGCUCCUGAAUAAAGUGCAGCAGCUUAGCGGGGAAGCCGAGGAGCUAAGAGGGGUUGUGGUGGCACUCCAGAGACAGCUGGAUAUAUCGCUCACCGCGCAAGAGGAGCAACAAGAUUUGCAGGGAGAGCUCAGGGGUUUGCAAGGGAGAGACGAGAGCCUUUCCAGAGAAGUGGAAAAACUCAAGAAUGUAGAAGAAGCCAUGGAGGCCAAACAUCACCUCCUCCAGGAAAAGUUGGCAGUUACUGAGGGGAAGAACAUCGAACUGCUGGCCAAGUUGGAUGGAAUUCUGAGUGAGAAGGGCCAGCAGGCGGCCAGUUACUUUGAUUCAGCGCAAAAGAUACACGAGUUGUUGGACAGCUUGAAGGAGGCAGAGAAGGGCAAGAUGGAGGCAGUUGCUGAAGCUGAGGAGAAGAGAACGCAGACAGAAAGGACAGAGGAGGAGCUGAGGGUUAAGGAAGCUGCUGCAAAGGAUGCCGAAACAAAACUCAGCGCGUUACUUACAUCUGCAUCUGAGGAGAAAGGCAGACUGCAGACCAAAGUACAGGAACAGUGCCACUCCCUUGAAAUACUGCAAGGCGCCUUGUCGCUGAGCGAGAAGGAGACCAGCAACUUACAGAGGCAGCUUCAGGACUUCCAAACAUCUCUAGCGGAAAAGGAGAAAGAGGCGGAGGAGGUGAAAAGGAAGGGACAAGAGGAUCGAGGGGAGCUCCAACGUUUGGACAGCCAGAGGGAGACUUUAGAAGGAGAAAUGUCUGCUCUAAAAGAGCAGUGGGAGAUUAAAGAGGCAGAGCUGACCUCCAGCUGUGAAAAGGUACAACAUCUUGAAGACCGAAACCAAAGACUGAGCGCCGAGAGGGACAAACUGACCUCAAAGCUCAACAACCUAGAGAGCUCCGUUCGAGAGAAAGACUCAAAGAUUGAAGACUACAAGACACAGUGUGCCAAUCUAAUGGAAUUAAAUGAGAAACUGCUGACAUCGGGGAAGAGAAAUGAGGAGCUUAAGCAGGAGAUAGCAGAGAACCGGAGAGUUCUCGAAGGUGAAUUAGCAUCCCUAAGGGCCUCUGAGAAACAACUAAGGAGACAGCUGGACGAUGCCAAGAUGACCGUGGGUGAAAAAGAAAAGGGGCUGCGUGAGGAGAAUCUCAAGAUGGAGGAGAAUCUGCAGCGGGCCACCAUGGCUACCAAGCUCUUGGAUGUUACGUCGAAGCAGCUCGAGAAGGAGAACCAGAGUCUAAGAGAGGAGCAGGACACUGUGAAAGAGUCUCUCUUUCGGAUGCAGGCCGACUUGAAGAGCGUUCAUGGGCAGAUCGGCGAGCUGGAGAAGAGCUUAGGAGACUCGCGUAAGAGUGAAGUCAGCCUUCAAGAGCAGCUCCGGGCUAUGGAGGCGCAGCUACAGAGUAAAGAGAAGCACCUUGUUGAGGUGCAGUCCAGGGUGAUUACUCUGGAGGCCAGGGAGAAGGAGCUUGAGUUGGCAAAGGCAAAAGCAGAAGCAACCUAUGCAAAACAGACAGAAAUGAUUGAAAUGGUUACAAGUGAGAAGCAGGCCAUGGAGAAGUGCCAGCUUGAGAGAAGCGCUGUCCAGGCUCAAGAGAACCAGGAAGUGUCCGUCAAGGUGACCGUGAUGGAGGGCCAGUUGGAUGUGAGCAUGAAAGAAGUGUCCAGGCUCCAGGCGGACAUGCUAGACCUCAAGGUGAACAUACACAGAUCGGAGGAGGAGAAGCUCAAGUCCCAAGCACAGCUGGAGGUGACCGAGGUCCAAAGAGAUGAGCUCCGGACACUGACUGAGCAGCUUAAAGUCCAGACGGAAGCCCUGAACCAGAAGCACGUAGCGGAGCUCCUGGAGUGUAAAAAGAAAGAAGAGGCGCUAACCGAGCAGCGCGACAGGGAGAUGGCCGCCCACGCCGAGCUCUCCAUCUCCGCAGCCGCCCACCGAGAGGAGAUGUCCGCCCUUAAAGCUGAGAACAACCGUCUCACCGUGGAGAACACCGAAACACGAGAAGGCCUGCACAGGGCCAACACAGAGAUGGCAGAGCUAGGAAUGACCAUCUGUAAGCUAAGCGCGGAGAAGGAGGAGGCCAGAAAGCAUUGGGUGGACGAUGCCGCCGCCAUCGAGGAACUGAGGCACGAGGUCGAGCGCCUAGAGGACUGCGUGGGCCAAUUGCAACUUGAAAAUAACAGACUAGAAGGGGAGCUGGGCCAAAAAGAGAAACUACCAGAAACUAUCACGAAACUUCAAGAACAACAAGAAAAGAGCAGGAACCAACUGCAGAACAUCAGGGUCUCCAGUCAAGAGGAGAUGGAGGCUUUGAGGUUCCAGAUGAGCUCCGAGAACAUGAACCAUCAAGUCCAGAUGAAGAAUUUGGAGAAGCAGCUAAUGGAGGUCAAAAGCCAGCUUCAGGAGGAGACAAAGACAGUGUCGUGUUUGAAGCAUAGAGUGUCUGAACUUGAGGCUGAGAAUGAGCAGUACCUGCAGGUAAGCGGUGAGAAGGACUCUCAUAUCACCAAGACGGAAGCGACCGUUUCCGAGAGCAAUGGCGCGAUUCAGCAGCUGGGAGAUGCACUCACAAGCGCCGAAAGCUCACACUUGGCCGCGCAAAACGAAUGCGAAGACUUGAAGCGCAAACUGGACGCGGCCGAAGCUGCCAGACAAAGUCAGGACCUGAAGAUGACGGCUGAGAUCGAUGACCUCAACAGGACCAAGGUCAACCUGGAGGAGCGCCUCAUUGAGCUUAUAAGGGACAAAGAUGCCCUGUGGCAGAAGUCGGACGCCCUGGAAUUCGAGCAAAAACUGCGGGCGGAGGAGCGCUGGUGGUUGGUGGACAAAGACACCACUCACUGUCUCGGCUGUCAGGGCCAAUUCACCUGGUGGCUGCGCAGGCAUCACUGCAGACUCUGCGGCCGCAUCUUCUGCUACUACUGCAGCAACAACUACGUGAUGACCAAGCACAGCGGAAAGAAGGAGCGCUGCUGCAGGGAUUGUUUCAGCCAACACAGCGCAGUGGUGGAACGUUUCACUGCCGCCGAGCUGAGCCCGUCUGAUCCGCAGCCUUCUCCGCCGGGAGCCGGACCUCAUCCUACCCCUGAACCUGCCCCGUAUAAAUCCACUCCCAGUGUCACAGUUUCAGAUCCGAGCGACAAGCCUGACGACGGCACUUUCGAUAUCAUCACAGAGGAGGAGGUAAACGGCGUGUAUGACAGUGACACCAAUUCACAGACCACCGGCGGCUCCUUUGAGGGAGAACAGGAGCGAAGGCCACCCGGAUCCUUGGACAUAAGUGUAGGAGAAUUAACCCCCAAUGAACCGGAGGAGAAUGUGGCCACCGUGCAGGAUUCGGAAAUCAACCUACUCAAGUCAGGAGAACUCACGAUGGCCGUCCAGCUCAAUAUCGAGGAUAUUUCCCAGUUUGGCGAUGGCUCCCGAGAACUUUUCAUCAAAUCCAGCUGUUACAGUGUAGUGACUGUUGCUGUGGGCGACCCGGGCCCAACCAUCAGCUGGAUGUUUUCCUCAGAGCCUAAAAGCAUCUCCUUUAGUGUGGUUUUCAAGGAAUCUGCUGACGUUCAGGUGGAACAGUCAAAGGUUCUAAUUCCACUGACUCGCUGCAAUUCCCACAAAGAGACCAUUCAGGGGCAGCUGAAAGUGCGUCGGCCGGGCACCUAUGCGCUCAUCUUCGACAACUCUUUCUCACGGUUUAUCUCCAAGAAAGUCUUCUAUCAUCUGACCAUGGAAAAGCCCAUUAUCUACGAUGGAAGCGACUUGCCCUGAGGCUUUAACGUCACAUGGCUGUCGCUUAAGUAUCACCAUGGCAACGAAAUGGAGUGUUAGAAAAAGUCAUCUUGAGUGACAUUUGUUGGAAAGAAAAACAAGAAUGUCUCACAAAAUUUGCAGAUACUUUUUUUUUUUUUUGACAGCGUUGACGUGCUGCAAGGCAAAUAUAUACACCAAGUAACAUUCUUGUAGUUCAGCAUUACAUUGGAAAAAAGCAGUAACACUAGAAAAAUGUAAUUGGCAAUUAAUUCUAAAACAAGAAGCCUAUGAAGACUGCUUUUUUGUGUAUUUUAAUCAUUAUUAUAAUUUUUUUUUUUUUUUACUAUACAACAUUGUUUUAAAGUUAUCAGUCUAUUGUGCACUCGUGUAGUCUUCCAAUUCAAACACCCUUAAGAGGCAGGAAACAUUGAAGUUGGUUUUUUUUUUGUGUCUGAACACUAUUUGCACUGUGCGCACUUCUCAGGAGUUUGGCAUGAAUGUGACACUUAGUUGUCAUUUUAUGGUUUUGUCUCCAGCAAAGCAAAAUAUUGAAUGAACACCGCCAUCUUACGAUGACACGUUAGUAUUUUGCAGCCACUGGAGCUUCCAAGUGCCUAUUGACUAAUGGCUCGUAAUAGGGGUUCAUUUUUGGGCAAUGUUGUGUUUGAGUAGGUUGGGUUUUAUUAUGUCUUUUUGACAUGUUUUAAUUGUGUGUCUGUUUUAUAUUUAGAGAAAAACAAGUUUUGUUACAUUUGAAUGCUGUUCUUGUUAAAGCAAGGUCUUACCUUUGCCGAUCUCUUCUAUUUUUGAUUGGUGCAAAUUUAUAUGCAAAGCUUUUUUUCUCUACAAAGCUUCACUUGUUAAAAAUAUAAAAUGUUCUCAUGGUAUGA